AUGUCGCUUCCAAAGGACUUUAUUUGGGGAUUUUCCACGUCCGCCUACCAGAUCGAAGGCGCCAUCGAACAAGACGGCCGAGGCCCUAGCAUCUGGGACAGCUUUUGCAAUCAACCUGGCAGAAUUACGGGCGGCUCAUCAGGCGCGGUGGCUUGUAAUUCGUAUAACCGAACGGCUGAUGAUAUUGCCCUCCUCAAGUCCCUCGGCGCCACAGCCUAUCGGUUCUCGCUUUCGUGGAGUCGAAUUAUUCCUCUCGGUGGCCGCGAAGACCCCAUCAAUGAUACAGGGAUGCAGCACUACGUUAAAUUUGUUGAUGAUCUACUCGAUGCUGGCAUCACGCCGUUCGUCACGCUCUACCACUGGGAUUUGCCUGACGAGCUCGAGAAGCGCUACGGCGGCCUGCUAAACAGACAGGAAUUUCCACUCGAUUUUGAGAGGUAUGCAAGAAUUGUUUUCGAAGCUCUCCCGAAAGUGAAGCAUUGGGCGACAUUCAAUGAGCCAUGGGUCUCGUGCAUUCUUGGCUACAAUGUAGGCUCCGCCGCUCCAGGCCGCACCUCUGCUGCCUCUACCGACCCUUGGAUAGUUGGUCACAACAUCCUGAUUGCCCAUGGAAGAGCGGCAAAAACUUACCGAAAAAAAUUUCAGGCUCAGCAUGGUGGCGAAAUCGGCAUUGUGCUCGAUGGUGAUGCCACUUAUCCAUGGGAUGCUUCUGACCCUGAAGACAUCAGAGCAUGCAACAGAAAGAUCGAGUUUUCGAUUGGCUGGUUUGCAGAUCCCAUAUAUCUGGGACACUAUCCAGCUGCUAUGCGUGCACAGUUACUGUCCAGGCUACCUACUUUCACCGAUGAAGAACGGGCUCUGGUCAAGGGAUCGAGCGACUACUACGGCAUGAAUCAUUACACAGCCAAUUAUGUCAAACAUCGGGAAGACGCCCCAAAUCUGGAAGAUUAUGCCGGAAAUGUGGAUAUCCUGUUUUCGAACAAGAACGGCGACUGGAUAGGAGCAGAGACCGAGUCUCGAUGGCUGCGACCCUGCCCACAAGGAUUCGGAGAUCUGUUGCGAUGGAUCAGUGAACGGUAUCGCAAUCCAAAGAUCUAUGUGCUUGAGAACGGAACUAGCAUCAAAGGCGAAAACGAUCUGCCGAUAGAGAAGAUCCUCGAAGACGAUUUUCGAGUGCAAUAUUACGAUGGGUAUGUGAGAGAAAUGGCCGCUGCUGUCCGGUUGUGUGGAGUGGAUGUGCGAGGCUACUUUGCUUGGUCGCUGAUGGACAACUUUGAAUGGGCCGAAGGAUAUCGCACUCGGUUUGGCGCGUGUUACGUGGAUUACGAUAACGGGCAAAAGCGAUAUGUGAAGAAGAGUGCCACUGUGAUGAAGCAGCUGUUUGAUGAGCUGACCAAGAAGGACUAG